UUUGGGAGCACAAUGCAACAAAACUUGUCCCGAAUCAUGCCGAUCAUGUGACCAGUCCGGUAAAUGUUCCGAAUGCAAAUCUGGUUUUUCAAACAUACAAAGACAAUGUACAUGUAGAACAGAUAUUUGCGUCGAUUCUGAUUGCAAACUAUGUACAAAUACGUCGUAUUUUGCAAAUGAUGAUUAUUGCUGCUUGUGCAACCUUGAUAAUUGUGUUUCUUGUGAAAAGACUCUGGAUACCAUAAAUUGCAAAACAUGUAAACUUGAAUAUUUUCCUGACAAUAAUGGACAGUGUGAAAAAUGCAAUUUACAAUGCGUCGCAAAUGAGUGUGAUUCGUCAUCGGGAAGAUGUCUUCAAGGUUGCUCAAAUGGAUACUGGAAUGAUACCUGUGAUAAAGAGUGUCAUACAGAUUGCUUAUUUUGCAAUCAAGCGACUGGAUCGUGUUUACAAUGCAAGAACAAUGCAAAAUAUGGACCUGAUUGUAGACUGGAUUGUAGCACUAACUGUAAAGAUUCUAUGUGUGACAUAAGUGGGAAUUGUACAUACGGAUGCAUUUUAAAUAUGUAUGGAAAGCAAUGUGAAAACAUUUGUGAAAAAUAUUGUACACCUAAGGACAAUAAAACACUUUGUUCUGAAAAGACAGGAAUGUGUUUAUACGGCUGCGACACUGGCUUCAGGGGACUAUUUUGUCCUAAAGUCAUUGAAACAGUAGCGGAAACACAAACAUCGUCAACUGCAGCACUUGGAGGAGGAAUCGGUGUAGGAGUUGUAGCUCUUGCUGCCAUUGUUGUUGUUGGACUCAUUUUGCUGAGAAGAAGAAGAGUCAAUAUGAGCAACAGAAGAAAAACACCUGAAAAAGAACCUGAGAACCUUUCCGCCCUGUACGCAACGGUGAACAAACGAAGAGCAUCACACGUAGAGAACGCCAAUGAAGAUUCAGACAAUUCACACUCUGUAACCUUCAUAGAAAACCCCAAUUACCAGAGUCCACAACCGAAGAGAUCUGUCAAAGAAAGGACUCCUAUCUUUUCAGAAGACAAUCUUGAAAUUGACGAAGAUGAUGCAUCUGCAAGGGAAAUUGCAGUCAAAUUUGAGGAAAAUGGUGGUGUUUAUUAUAACAACGCUAACGAAGUCAGCAAAAUCAAAAUACAUGCUGCAAAUCUACAAGAAUAUGUGCAAAAUCUAUCUUCGAAGCACACAGAAGAAGAAUUUCAGAAAAUUCCAUAUGGUCUUGUGAAAGCAUAUGAAGUUUCACAAACCAAACUCAACAUGCACAAAAAUAGGUACAGAGGAAUUUACCCGUAUGAUGAUACGCGAGUCUUAGUUCGUGGUGGAGUAACAGACUACAUUAAUGCAAGCUAUAUAGACGGAUACAGAAAGCGGAAUGCAUACAUUGCUACCUUGGGUCCAAUGGCUAAGCAGCUUAGCGAUUUUGGCCAAUUCUGGCAAAUGGUCUGGCAACAGGAAGUUGAGAAGAUUGUCAUGUUGACAAACUUGGAAGAGGGUAAGAAAACCAAAUGCGAGCAAUAUUGGCCCGACCAACAUCAAAGUAAACUAUACGGCGCUACAGAAGUCGUAUGCAAGGUUGAAAAACAGUACGCAUAUUUUAUCUGGAGACAAUUCACACUUUCUAAGAAUUCUGAAGAAAGAAAAUUGCAUCAUCUUCAGUUUACAAGCUGGCCAGACAAGGAUAUCCCUGACGACGUCACAUCAGUCAUUGAGUUUAGACAGAGGGUAAACGCCUUGCCGAGUAUCUUUGACGGACCAGUAGUUGUGCAUUGCAGUGCUGGCGUAGGAAGAACAGGAACCUACAUAGCUCUGGACAUUCUGACUAACGAGGGUGAGGCAGAAGGAGCUAUUGAUAUCCCGGGAUGUGUACUCAACAUGAGACAGAACAGACCAAACAUGAUUCAGACCUUGAGUCAAUACAAGAUUCUUCACCAAGCGUUGGUCCAUACAUUGACUCUUGAUUGUGCGAUGAUAAGGAGAGAACACUUCGUUGAGUACAUGGAGAAAUCAAGUAAACAGACUAUACAGAAGCAGUUUGAGAACAUGCAAUUGAGUCAUCAGAAUAUGUCGGAUGAAGAGCUACAAGCCAUUGCAAUUAAUCGGCUGCUGACAAAAAAGAACAGGAAACACGCAGAUAUACCAGGUGAUUCCAACAGACCGCAUCUUAGUCUAUUUUUGGAAACAGGCGAGUCAGAUUACAUCAAUGCGAUAUACAUCAACAGUUUAAAAACAAAACACCGCUUCUUGGUUGCACAAACACCUCUACCGGGCACAGUUGCUGAUUUCAUUGCACUUGCUGUUCAAGAAACCUGUUCCUGUAUCGUUAGUAUGGAGGCACACUUGGAAAAGGAUAAGGGAGUUGGCUUGUACUUUCCUGGUGACAAACAGACAAUGAAGAAGGCUAAGGUUUCCGUACGUUCCACCACAGAUCAGAUUACAAGACACUUUGUGAAAAGAUAUCUGCAUUUCGAACUAGAAGGAAAGACCAAGAAAGAUGUGACGAUUCCACACUAUGAAUAUUUGGACUGGGAUACAAAACACAAUGUUCCGAAGUCGCCAGAACUCUUUAUUGCCUUCAUCAAUGAAGUUGAAGACGUAUUCAAAGCAUCUCACCUGAAGGGACCGAUACUGUUGCACUGUCUAAACGGUGCUGGAAAGAGCGGCCUAUUUUGUGUUGUUUCGACAUUACUUGAACACCUGAGUGUAGAUAAUGAAGUCAGUGUGGUCAAUGCGGUGCAGAGAGUCAGAGCUAGAAGACCUCUUGCUAUUCCAAAUAAGGAACAGUUUUACUUCUGCUACGAGUGUGUUCUACAUUCCGUGAACACAGUAGAUAACGUUGUGUAUUACAACAUAAGUGGGGGUAUCCUGAGGGAAUAAACAAUUCGAUCAUGUCGGAUAAAUGGCACACGUGAAGUUACCAUUGACACGAAGACAUGAGUAUGAUUAAAUAUUGAGUUAUGCUUUUUCAUAAGGUGCAACAAAGUAUUUCAAUGUUAUUUUAUUGCAAUUCUGCAUCUCCUUUAUUCCAUAAUUAAUAGAACACUUGUAUUUCACCUGCCAAUAUAAACACAAACAUUUUAUUGUAAAUCUCAUUGUAAUUAUUUGCAUAUUGUUAUGAUUUUUUAUUUUACCAUAUUGUAGACUCUUUAAUGGUUUUUAUUUUAAAUGAAUCUUAUAUCAAAACGUUAACAAAGAGGCAAGGCUUAAUAUGCAAGCUUACAGUAUGAACACUAGCAAUUGAUAAGUUACAUCUCUAUUUCAAUAUAUGCAUGUUACUUAUUGCAUGGCUAGCUUGCAUAUAUGUAACAGGCAACAUACUACAUCAAACCCUCGUGGUUGAAAUUAUUCUAAACCUUGCGCUCGUAAUGUAAAAUUUCAUUCUAGCAAUGGAUGGAGUGGAUGCAUCAACUUUUUUGAUAUAUCAAAUGAUUGAGUUGUACAUAAUAAUUAUUAUGAUGUUGUUAACUAAAGAUAGAAUUAUAUUCGAUUGUGUUUUGUGUUGCCCUAUUACAUUUAGCUUUGAAUACACAUUUUAUUUGAAAUUUGUAUAACAAUGUCAUAACGAUUUAUCAACCAUGCAAUAAAGGAACAUUGUAAAUUAAACAUCGAAAACAUAUUGCAAAGCACAUAUUCGAAGAGUUAAAAUAAAGCAUUGAUGUUUCUACUUUCUAAGACACUUUUCCUAACACGAUAUAUAACUUUUGUGAUAGAAACGGUGCUGAAAAGAGCGGCCUAUUUUGUGUUAUGUUAAUUAUUAUUGCAUCAUUGUACGAGUUUGAUCUUUAAGGAACAGUUUUACUUCUGCUGCGAGUGUAUUCUCCAUUCCGUAAACGAUUUAAAAAAAAAUAAUCUGUAUUUAAUCGAGCCUAAAAGUAUGAUUGUAGGAGUUGUAAGCGUUUAUCAGUAAAAUAACAUCUAUUUUUUUAAUAAUCGUAAGUGUUUUCUUUUCAAACUGGAAAUGUGUCUAUCAUAUGAGCAGAUUUGCACGUAAUUGAGCAUGUUAUUGAACAUGUACCUGUGUAUUUCUGGUGUGUAGUACUGUUGCUUAGCAUCUCAUAUUACUUUGUAUAGAAGCCUUUUUUAUUUUUGGAAGUGUAUUAUAUCUUCUAUUUACUUUAAACUUGCGUUAGGCAAAAUCAUGAACUUUGUAUUAUUAAAUAACCGAAAAAUAGACAGCCGUCGAUGAAGCCAAAUAUAAAUUAUAUUCACUAGGGUUUUCUCAUAAUCCUGAUCAAUAUAAAAGUGUCAUUUUAUUAAUAAAUUCACUGUUUUUCCCGGUUUGGUUUUUAGUUCUCUUUUUGUAAUAUUAUUGGUUCAAAAUAAAACGAGAACCAAUUAAUUUGAUUUUUUUCCAGUUUGGUUUUAAUUGUCUUCACCACCUUGUUUGUUCGUGAAUUUAAACGGGGACUAAUCCAUAUACGUUUUCAGAAUCAAAACGUCUACCUGCUGUCAACGUUAAUAUGACAAUGUAUUCAGAAUGUUGCUAUGUAUUUCAAUUGUGCUUUAGGCUUAGUAUGUUCAUUUUCCAAAACUGAAAUUUGGGACAACUAGGAUCAAUUUUCGAAACAAUUUUACGAAUUUAUUUAUACGCUUGUCAACUUCCAUUGUAUUUACAUUAUUGUAUAUUAACUGUUAUGCUUGAUCAUUUUGACAUUAUACGAGCAUACUAUUUGUAUUUCAGUUCUUCCA